ACCAUUUCUUGAUUAAAAAAUCUUUGUUGGACCGGAAUAUAGAUGAGCUAUUAUGUAUACUUACAAGGUUUUGCAUAAUCUUAUUCAAUGAAGUUAUUGUUUAAGGUGUAACGAUGUAUAUAAUGACUCUUCAUCUGAAAAACUGCUAUCAGCAGAACUUUGUUCCUAUUUCAUGUUUAAACCAGGCAAAUACAACCUUAACAUCAAUGUAAGGAAGCUUCAUCUCAUCAUCUACAUUCUGCAUUUUGAAACUGAAAAGAAAAUGGCGUUGGAAAAAAAUUCAAGCCAGGAAAUUGAGGACCCUUCCUUGCUUUUGCUUACACAAAACGCUGAGAAAAACGCUAAUCAACUUGAAGCAGAUAACAAGGAAAAAAUCGGAGGUCCUCAAAUUGUAAAAUUCAAUUACACAUGCAUUGGAUACGUCAACAGCAGCAACCCAGUGUUUAAUAAGCUGAGUAAGGCUAUUCAAGACCAGGAUUUGAAAAGCCUUCAAAACUACUUCGAUGAAUUUUGUAUAGGCAAACGCAGAAAAGCGAAAAUGCUUUUACAUUGUCCUGGGUUUUAUUUCUCAACAUUCAGAGAGGAAUGCCUUAUUGCUCAGGCGAUGUUCUACGAUCUUGAUUGUUUCCGGUACUUGCUUGAACUUUACGAAAGCUUAAAAUCAACGUUGGAAGAAAUGCAGCCAAAGGAAAACUGGGAAAAAUACCGCAUCGAUUCUUUAACCUUACUACCAUUUCGCAUAAGUGGCGUUAAUGGAAAUCUACUUCACUACCUGGAGGGGGAAGAUGCCAUUAUUAAGUUAGAAAUUCUAAGCAAGUCUUCCACGUUUAACCUGCUAAUUAACCACAAAAAUCUUCACGGUGUUACACCACUGCUUAUGGCAAUAAUGUUUGAUGAAGUGGAUCUGGCAGAGAGAAUGGUAGAACUGGGCGCAUAUAUCGACAGUGAGAGUAAUGAUAAAGAAACGCCAUUCAGUCAAGCCGUUAGUCGUGGCCAUCUUGAUCUGGUUAAGAAAAUGCUGACGAUUGAAGUAUUCUAAUCACGGAAAUGCAUUUUAG